AUGGCGCGGCCAAAACGCCGAGGAAGCCGGCGCCGGUAUGCACCGACGUCUCGACCUUCAACGCGUCUACCUGACGCUCAGCCUGGGUUAAGUGAGAGCGAAGCUCAUGAUUCGCCUCUAGCUACUCUCGACCCUGUUGUUCCAUACCAAAUUCAGAUUCCGGAUGAAGGGUCCGCAUUGAGCGCUGCGUUGCCUUCGUUAGCGGUUACACCAAGCUCGGAGGCAGCAGCACCAAGCUUAGCUUCAACUCCGAACGUCCUCGUCACGGUGUUGGGCACUGCCACGGACAGUGAGGGCAACUCGGCUUCAUUGCUAUCUACUGUACCACGUACAGCAACCUCAGCCUCAUCUACGGCAACGAUAAGGCCGCGCUCGGCCGAGAGAGAAGGCAGAACGAAGAUAUAUUGUAUGGGAUACGAGUACACACGAGCAAACGCUACUGGUGUGAAGAUAACCUACAGGUGCAGCUAUUAUCGGAAGCCAAAGCUUUGCCCAGCGCAACUGGUGUUUUAUGCGGAGACGAUGACCUACGAUUUUGCCAACAUGAUUCAUCAUACCUGCCGAAACGACUUUGCAAGUGGCCGUGCUGCAGUCGUAAGUGAUGAAUCCGUUUGCCUUGACCUGACAGAUGAAAUGAAGAGCUUCGUGGACGAACUAGUGGACACAACAGACGAGUCGCCUACCAAGAUUUGGGAGCUUACAUACCGAAAAUUUUACGAGAACUCUGUGGGCGUUAUCCGUGGUCUUAAUAAAAAGCAGAUUGUUACACGAAUUAACAAUGGCCGCGCUGCUCAGAACGGCAAGGACCUAUUUUCUAUGAUCGAGUCGCCAAGUAUGGCCAAAGUGAAAAACGAGGAGCUGGGUUUUCUCCAGUUCAACUAUACAUGGCUAAAUGACACAAAGAUCAAGCAAGGAAAGUCAGGGAUUGACCGACUGAUUGGGUGGGCCCACCCCGAACUACGGAAUCUCCUUCGCUACGAAGGCGUACACUUGUUUGUUGAUGGCACAUUUCGUAGUGCACCAAAGGGAUAUCACCAAGUUGUCACGUUGAUGAUGUACGACCCGCUGACCGAGUUGUUCGUUCCGCUAUUUUUCACUUUGACGACGUCUAAAACCCAGGACUCCUACAAAAAAUUCUUUUACUGUGUCGAAUUUGCAGUAGGAAAAAAGCCCAGUCCCAAUGAUAUAGUGUGCGACUUUGAAGCUGCCAUCAUAUUUGCUAUCCGAGAACAUUUCCCAAAGACAAAGAUCAUUGGAUGUUUGUUCCAUUUUAAGCAGGCAUGCAGAAGGAAAAUGAAGGCUUACCGGUUGCCUGACGAUGAAGCCGAAAUUGCAAUGGCCUUUGGAGUUCUAGACAUGCUAACAGUGGUAAAUCCGGAUAAGAUCAGCGUACAAGGGGUGGCGUGGGUCAAGGCCAAAAUUAAACAGCGCUGUGAAGCUAAAGGCGUGCCUUACUCUCGUGAAAAGUGGCGUCAGUUCUGGCAGUACUUCGAGAGGACAUGGCUUGAGCAAUAUCCUCCUGAGUUAUGGAACAUUUUCAAUGUCGAGAGGAAAAUAGUCAAUCGAACCAAUAACCCACUCGAGCGAUUUCAUCGGGAGUUAAAUGCUCGUCUCAAGCGGCAGCCAUCGCUCAAACGGUUCGUCAAAACAAUUGAGGAAGUUGCACAGCACUAUGUCAUUCUCCGCAGAGGAAUCAUUUCCGGUGUUGCACAAGCACCAGCGAGAUCUACAAUGCGGUUUCCAAGAGCCGCAAAACUACCGAAGAUUGAUGAUAUUGAAGAAUCAGACAGUGAAAAUGAAAACGCUGCUGGAGCUGACCCCAAUAACAGCGACCACAUUGAGGCUGCGUUAUCAUCUGACGAAGACCUGGAGCUUCUGUACGACACCUCGUUCGAGAAUGAGGAGGCGACUGACAACUAA